CAGAAAACACAAGAGCUAUGGAGUGAGAAACGUUCUGCAAGGUGAACGGACACAUUUUACAGGAAAAUAAAUAACAAAUCGCCAUUUUCCCCAUUUUCAUACAUAGACAUCAGGAAGGAUGUCAAGGUCAUCAAACAGGAAACAAGAAAUCUACAAAAUAGAUUGGAAUUUACCAGCUGUUUCAUCAUCUGCUGCUGCGCAUCACAUUAACAGAGAUCUCUUUGCACUCACUUAUGGGGUAUUAGUGGCUCAGCUGUGCAAGGAUUUUCCAAGUGAUGAAGAUGUGAAUAAGUGCCUGGAUACAAUGGGUUACAACAUUGGAAUAAGGCUUGUGGAAGACUUUUUGGCUAAUUCUGGUAUUAAAAAGUGUCGAAGCUAUGGUGAGACAGUGGACAUAAUAGCAAAGGUAGCUUUUAAGAUGUACCUUGGAAUCACUCCGACAACAAUUGGUGUGAAUAAUGGAGGCAAUGGCUUUUCCCUCGUUCUGGAUAAAAAUCCACUUGUUGAUUUUGUUGAAGAGCUCCCACCUGGACGAUCUUCACUGUCCUACUGUAACCUGCUAUCAGGAGUCAUCAGGGGUGCACUGGAAAUGGUACAUUUGCCUGCCGAUGUCACUUUUAUUCAAGAUAUCCUUAAAGGAGAUGAUGUUACCGAAAUAGGAAUUACAUUUCUCAAGAAGCUUGAUGAUAAAAAGUCCAAGCGAAACAAAUAAUGUCCAUGCAAGAUAAUCAUUUGUCUGUCUGUAUAAUGUUACAUAUGUAUAUUGAAAUAACAAUACUGAUAAUAAAACAGCAAAAUCUAUUUAAAUGUUA